CAUUGCCCCACCACUUCUUUACCCCUCCUCCCUCCCCCACUCUGUGCACAUUUUCCUCCCUCGCAACCGCAAUUUUAAAGGCUCGGAACAGCUGGCUUUUCCACUUCCACUGCCCUCCGCGCCUUUUUCAUCACCAGCCUCCUCCUGUUUAUUGCUAUCGGUCUAGCGCUGAUAGCUGAUCCACCGAGCAGGACUGCGGGAUCCCUGCCACAUCUCUCGGGCUCGCCCAACUUUAGCCAACCCGACCUGACCUGGGGAAGAAAAAUUUCUCUCCUCCUGGAGAUUCUUCACCAGACUUCCAUCAACUUUCUGUCGAACCCAUUUUAGCAGGUAUCGUUCAAUACCGCCAAGAUGGUCAACUUCACGAUCGAUGAGAUCCGUCAAUUGAUGGACAAGCCCACGAACGUGCGCAACAUGUCCGUCAUUGCGCACGUCGACCACGGCAAGUCCACUCUGACCGACUCCCUGCUGGCCAAGGCCGGUAUCAUCUCGUCCGGCAAGGCCGGAGAGGCUCGGGCGACAGAUACCCGAGCGGACGAACAAGAACGUGGCAUCACCAUCAAGUCCACGGCCAUCUCCCUGUACGGCACCCUCCCCGAUGAGGAGGAUCUUAAGGACAUUGUCGGCCAGGCUUCGGACGGCAAGGACUUCCUUAUCAACCUGAUCGACUCGCCCGGUCACGUUGAUUUCUCCUCCGAGGUUACUGCCGCCCUCCGUGUCACCGACGGUGCUCUUGUCGUCGUCGACACUGUUGAGGGUGUGUGCGUCCAGACCGAGACCGUGCUUCGGCAGGCUCUUGGUGAGCGCAUCAAGCCCGUUGUCAUCAUCAACAAGGUCGACCGUGCGCUCCUCGAGCUCCAGGUCACCAAGGAGGACCUUUACCAGUCCUUCGCCCGUACUAUCGAGUCGGUGAACGUCAUCAUCUCGACUUACUUCGACAAGACUCUCGGUGAUGUCCAGGUCUACCCCGACCGCGGCACCGUCGCCUUCGGCUCCGGUCUCCACGGCUGGGCCUUCACCAUCCGUCAGUUCGCGACCCGGUACGCCAAGAAGUUUGGCGUCGACCGCAACAAGAUGAUGGAGCGUCUCUGGGGCGACAGCUACUUUAACCCCACCACCAAGAAGUGGACCAAGUCUGGCACCCACGAGGGCAAGCAGCUCGAGCGUGCCUUCUGCCAGUUCAUCCUGGACCCCAUCUUCAAGAUCUUCGCCGCUGUCAUGAACUUCAAGAAGGAAGAAACCGCCAGCCUCCUCGAGAAGCUCAACCUCAAGCUUUCCGUCGACGACCGCGAGAAGGAGGGCAAGCAGCUCCUCAAGGUUGUCAUGAAGACCUUCCUGCCGGCCGCUGACUGCCUGCUGGAGAUGAUGAUUCUUCACCUCCCCUCGCCCGUCACGGCUCAGAAGUACCGUGCCGAGACCCUGUACGAGGGUGCGCCGGAUGACGAGGCCUGCAUCAGCAUCCGCGACUGCAACCCCAAGGGCCCCCUCAUGCUCUACGUCUCCAAGAUGGUGCCCACCUCCGACAAGGGCCGUUUCUACGCCUUCGGUCGUGUUUUCUCCGGUACCGUCCGCUCUGGUCUCAAGGUCCGCAUCCAGGGCCCCAACUACACCCCGGGCAAGAAGGAGGACCUGUUCAUCAAGGCCAUUCAGCGCACUGUCCUCAUGAUGGGCGGCAAGGUCGAGCCCAUCGACGACAUGCCCGCGGGUAACAUUGUCGGCCUGGUCGGUAUCGAUCAGUUCCUGCUCAAGUCCGGUACCCUCACCACCAGCGACACCGCCCACAACAUGAAGGUGAUGAAGUUCUCCGUGUCGCCCGUCGUGCAGCGGUCCGUCCAGGUCAAGAACGCCCAGGACCUGCCCAAGCUUGUCGAAGGUCUCAAGCGUCUGUCCAAGUCGGACCCUUGCGUCCUGACCAUGACCAACGAGUCCGGCGAGCACGUCGUCGCCGGCGCUGGUGAGCUCCAUCUCGAGAUUUGCUUGAAGGAUCUCCAGGACGACCACGCUGGUGUUCCUCUUAUCAUCUCGGACCCCGUCGUCCAGUACCGUGAGACGGUCGGUGCUAAAUCUAGCAUGACUGCCCUCUCCAAGUCUCCCAACAAGCACAACCGUUUGUACAUGGUUGCUGAGCCGAUGGACGAGGAGGUUUCCAAGGCGAUCGAGGACGGCAAGAUCACCCCGCGUGAUGACUUUAAGGCGCGCGCGCGUGUGCUUGCCGAUGACUUCGGUUGGGACGUCACAGAUGCUCGCAAGAUCUGGGCCUUCGGUCCCGACACUAACGGCGCCAACUUGCUCGUUGACCAGACCAAGGCCGUUCAGUACCUCAACGAAAUCAAGGAUUCCGUCGUUUCCGGUUUCCAAUGGGCUACCCGUGAGGGUCCCGUCGCCGAGGAGCCCAUGCGCAGCAUCCGCUUCAACAUCCUCGAUGUUACCCUGCACGCCGAUGCCAUCCACCGUGGUGGUGGUCAGGUCAUCCCUACCGCUCGUCGCGUGCUCUACGCCGCCGCUCUCCUGGCCGAGCCCGCCCUUCUCGAGCCCGUCUUCUUGGUCGAAAUCCAGGUGCCCGAGCAAGCCAUGGGUGGUGUCUACGGUGUCCUUACCCGCCGGAGAGGUCACGUCUUCAACGAGGAGCAGCGCCCUGGCACUCCCCUCUUCACCAUCAAGGCCUACCUCCCUGUCAUGGAGUCUUUCGGCUUCAACGCCGAUCUGCGCCAGGGCACCUCUGGCCAGGCCUUCCCCCAGUCCGUCUUCGACCACUGGCAGCUUCUUCCUGGUGGCUCUGCUCUGGAUGCUACUUCCAAGGUUGGCGGGAUUGUGCAGGAAAUGCGCAAGCGCAAGGGUCUCAAGGUCGAGGUCCCGGGCGUCGACAACUACUACGACAAGCUUUAAGCGGCGCCUACCGAUCGGCGUGUAACUCGCUGCUUUACGCCCUCUGCGCCAUAAGAGCCGAGUCGCCGAGGCUGUUUCCCGGUGGCUGACGGGCUCCAGGAGCAUGAGAGCAAGCGAAACAGGAGGGGCGAUGGUGGUGAAAAGCAACCCCACGGAGAGUCACUGGCACCCAAAGCUUUAUCGCCGUCUUGAUACCUACCUGUUUGUAGUAACGGAGAUAUGACUUAUUAUUACGUUGGCCGAAUUGGCUAGCUUUCAUUUUGGG